GAGUGACGACGGACAAUUCACAAGAGAAACGAAUUUUUCUAGAUCGACUAGUCAAGGCAGGCCAUUGUCACAAUGAGAAAGAAAGAAGUUCUGAGGUGUCCCUUACUGUAUGAAAAAGCUAACCAUUGCUGAAGAACAAGAGAAAGACGUGCUUGGAUUGGUCCACACAUGGGUUUGCCUUUGGGCUAGGGAAUGAUGAACAAACACAAUUUGGCUCCUUAUUCUUGGACUGAGGAAAUGAUAAUGAUAGUCUAAUCGACUGGAAAUAGCAUUAUCAGAAGUCAGAACGAUUGUUUCGUUUUCAAGAGGGGGGAUUUGGAUUGGAGAGUGGGCAGUAGUACAAUAGGAUUGAGGUUGCCAACUGACCUACUUACCCACUGUGUGUCAAGCUCAAGUUCAAUUCCGUUGAGGAGGGUGCCUCUUUCAUGCAUUUUGUUUUAGGGUUUUGGAGGCAUUCAUGUUCCAUGAACCUGAAAUCAUUUUUGCAAUUUGGGCAGAGGUGAUGGUGAUAAUGACCGGGUGUAUAUCGGUAUUCAACAAUCAAUCAAUUUGCCACUCCUUUCAUCGGUACAAAGUUGUAUAUGCUCUAAGGAAAAUUAGAAAAAUCAUCUUCAAUUACCAGGGAAAAAACCAUUUUAUUUUUGUAUGUAAGAUUUAUAAUAGAAUUAUUGAUAGAAUGUAUGGAUUCAAAGAAUGUGCGGUUGUCUCCCCUAUGGCUCAAAGAAGAAUAAUAAGCAUGGCAAUAGAACCAUAAUUGCAUUUGUGGGCCGUGAUGGUCUGGGCCCAGGUAAAGCCAGCCACAACUGUUUCCCAGGAAUUCUGCUGCAAAUCAUGCACCCAGCCACCCACCAGACCAGAACCACUGAUCAUAUACAGUACACAAUACAAAUAUAUGUUCUUUCUCUCGUGUGCAUGUGAGCAAAGAUCACAAAAGCUCUCCAAUUUUGAUUCUUUUAAUUGGACUGUUUGCCCGAUAUAUCAUUUUCUUAUGCACUGUCCUCGUUAAACGACAUUGCUCUCCUCAUGUGAUCCUAUACGAUCGAAUUAUUGGUAGGAGUCUGAAACCCUCUCUAUGUAUCUUGUGUAUUUGUCAAACAUUACUGCGCUAGUACGUAUAGGGCUGGCCAUUCGGUUAUCGGUUGCCGGUUAACCGGCCGGUUAAACCGAUAACCGGCGGUUACCGGUUUGUGUAUUUGUCAAACAUUACUGCGCUAGUAUGUAUAGGGCUGUCCAUUCGGUUAUCGGUUGCCGGUUAACCGGCCGGUUAAACCGAUAACCGGCGGUUACCGGUUUGUGUAUUUGUCAAACAUUACUGCGCUAGUACGUAUAGGGUUGGCCAUUCGGUUAUCGGUUGCCGGUUAACCGGCGGUUACCGGUUAACCGGAUAACCGAAAAUAAGGGUUGCGGGCGGUUGGCGGUAGCGGGACUGGCUGUGCCGGUUAACCAGCUAACCGACGGUUAACCGGCUAACCGGCACGACUAGCCCCGCCUCAAGCAAAACGCAGCCGCCGAGAUUACUCCCUCCCUAAACCCUAAUCGUCAUCGAGCGAGCAGACCCUCAAUCCCUCCGGCAUCCAAUCUCUCAAACUCGCUCCCCAUUUCGUCUCAAUAGCUAGACCCGGAGCCACCAUUUCCUCUUCCUCCACCUCCGAUCCUUCCAAUCCGACACCCACUGCCGCCAAUCCAACGAAAGGCUCCAGCAUCCGCGACUAGGCCCGCUGCCACAACCUCGCUCACCCACAACCAGCCAACAAUCUUUCCGCCAAGUAUGUACCUUUCAACGCCGGCGCCAACUCCACCGAGUCAUACUCCCUCGACGAGAUCGUCUACCGUUCCCAAUCCGGCGGCCUGCUCGACGUCCAGCACGACAUGGAGGCGCUCAAGGCGUUCCCGAGCUCUUACUGGAAGGCCCUGUUCGAUUCUCGCGUCGGGAAGACGACUUGGCCGUACGGAUCAGGGGUUUGGUCGAAGAAAGAGUGGGUCUUUCCCGGCGGUCAUUGCGUCUCCCGGUUACUUCGGUUAACCGGGCAACUAACCGGUAACCGACCGGUCGGUUGUCGGCUACCCGACAGCUUCCGUCGGGCGGUUGGCUGUAACCAUUGGUGGCGUCGCGGUUAACCGGUAACCGACAUUUUGGUUAUCGGUUAUAACCGAACUAACCGAAAAUCCAGCCCUAAGUACGUAGUAGCAUAGGUGAUUAUAUAAUUAAGAUCACUGCAAUUUGAAGUUGAUGUGGGUUUUUGUUAAGAUACAAUUCAGCCCAGGUGCUUCUCUCGAUGCUAGGGUCCUCAAGUCUUCGGGUUAAGCUACAAGAAAAGUCAUUUGUCCUUGAACGAUCGAGUCGGUUGAAAGUUCGAACGAGAGCAAGAAGUCUUAGUAGAGAGAAUGUUAUGUCUUCCAAAAUGUCACCAUCUUCCUCUAUAUAUAAGGAAAGAAAGAUAUAUCGUCUCA